AUGGUCGGGGACGACGACGCGACGCGCGCGUUCACGCGGACGUGGACGAACGGAUCCUCCUCUUCCGCGCUUCGCGGCGCCGGCGUCCCCGCGGGGUCUGCGCUCGUGUACAGCACCGGCCGCUCGCUCGAGUCGUUCGCGUCGCUCAUCGAGGAGAAAGCCGCGGUCAUGGCGACGCCCGACGCGCUCAUCUGCGCGGUGGGCACCAAGGUGUACCGCCGCGUCGUCGUCCCGAACGCGCCAGCGUCCGUCGCGCGCGCGGCGGCGGCGGCGCGCGGCUUCCGCGCGGGCGCGUACGCGUGGAUCGAAGACGACGCGUGGACGUCGCGGCUCGACGACGGAUGGGACUUCGAGAAGGUGGCGGCGGCGGCGGCGGCGGCGGUCGCGGCGGCGGGGACGGAGGACGCGCACUUCCGGCCCGAGGAGGAGGCGCGUUCUAUACACUGGUCCCCAUACGACCGCGUCGGCGUGUUCACGACGCAUAAGAUCACGCUCGGGGUGAGGGACGAGAAGGUCGAGCUCGUGACGGCGUCGAUCGCGGCGGCGACGCGGAAGGAGGGGCUGGACGUGAAGACAAUCGCGAGCGGCGUGGGCGGGUGGCAGUACCUCGACAGCCUGGAGUACGUCCGCGAGACGUUCGGCGCGGACGUCGACCGGACCGUCGCGUGCGGCGACAGCGGCAACGAUCUCAUGAUGCUCGAGGGGGCGUGCAAGGCGAUCGUCGUGGGAAACGCGCAGCCGGCGUUGAUGGACUGGGCGACGGACGCGGUGCGGCGAGAGAGGGAUGGCGGGCGCGUGUUCAUCGCGAAGGAGACGACCGCGCGGGGGAUAUUAGAGGGGCUGGAGUCCUUCGGGUUUCUCACGCGUUAG